CUUAAAAACCCUACUCAUCCACUCUUAUCCCCUUCAAAUCCCCUGCGAGACCUAAAACUACAGCAAAUCUGCAUGUGUCAACCUAGAGACACCUGUAAUUUCCGCCAUUAUAGGUUUACAAGCUCUCGAAUACUCAGAUAACCACCGUAAAUGGUUUUGCUAGAAACCUUCUGUCGCCGCCAUUUUCUCCAGCUACUCAGACUCCAAAACCCUCACUUAACCUCUUCAAGCUCGUCUCAACCCUCCGAUUUUUCGUUUCUUUCUUCAAUUUCCUGGAGACCCUUCUCUCUCUCGUCCCGGCCCUCUGCAACAUCAGAGAAGAAAACCCAGAAGCCGGCAGAGCCACUGAGUAAAUUCUUCAAAAGUGCUAUUUCCUGUCCGGAAAGGACCGACAAUGGCUGCACCGAGGCCGUCAACAGUGAGCCAGCGCAGCUGAAAGAAACUGGGGCUAAGGUUAAUCUGGCUGCGCUUUUUGCUGUUGGAAAGAAAGCAAAAGUUAAAUCGAUCAAACCCAUCAACCUCGAGGGCCCAAAGGUAUACGAAGAACUUUCGCCCGAGAUGCAAAUGUUUGCUCGAUGUUUGCACGAGAAGGGAUAUUUAGACGAUCCGAAUUUUCUGCGCAAGAUGAGGUACGGCAGUGAGUUUCUGAAGUCUGCAGCGGAGAAGUUUGCAAAAGAUCACCAGGAGAUUGCCAAAUGGUUGUCUGCUAGUGAUCUCAAAAAAAUAGCGCUUUUGGGGUGUCCAUCUUAUGAGCGUACCUCCGUUUAUGCUGCUAAACACAUGCGCCAAUUCUUUAAAAUUGAGGAACAAAAGGCAAGUAUGCGGAAAGUGUACAUUAAGAAACUCUAUGCUAAUAAGGGAUGGAAUAAAUCUAUUCAGCUGAGUUUGGCUAAAGUGAUCCAGGUCCUCGUUAUGUAUGCUAUGAGAUCAGUUCAUGAAGAGUUGGUGGUGCCUGAAGAUAUCAACAACUCAGUGAGUCGAUUGCUGAAGGAGAUGAGGGUUUAUGUUGGAAACCUCCUUCGCAGGUACUUUGACGAGAAGUCCAGGAGAAGCUUACCAACUAAUCGGUGUGGCUAA